AUCAAAUCCUUUCCCCCACGCACGCCUGCAAAUCUGUCUGACCUCGCGUACGCCAUACCUGCUGAAGGUUCUUCGUAUGCUGAUCAUCUGCCUAAUCGUCUUCUACUUGUUUCGGCACGCUGUCUUAUUUUUCUCUCUCUCGCAUUACGCUAGACGCUUCGGCCUCCGUGCCUCCCUUUUCUUGCGUCAGCUGCACGCACUGGCCCCUGUGCCUUUUCCUCGCUUCGCGUCCACAGUUCGCAUCGGUCUUUCGUGCCUUGAACGCCCGUUCUCAGACAAGCGCUCACAGUGCUGCGCACUGAUAUUGAUAUUUUUGAACUAAUGGAUCUAAGUCCCCCUGUUACAUUCAGCGCAGUCCUUGCCUGAACCUGCUCAACAAAAUAGUGGUCAUAUUUGGAUGAUCCGCAGAGCUACCACCACUGUGCUUACUCC